AUGGCUGUGGGCGAGAACGUCAGCACCAUGACCAAUUUCAUCCUGUGGGGAUUUUCUGAGCAUCCACAACUGCAARUUGUCCUCUUUUUGUUGUUUCUGGGGAUCUACCUCGUGACUCUGGCUGGAAACCUGGGUCUCAUGGUCCUGAUCAGGAUGGAUCCACACCUCCAGUCGCCCAUGUAUUUCUUCCUGGGAAACCUGUCCUUUGUGGACCUCUCAUACACCUCCUCUGUAGCCCCAAAGAUGCUCUGGGACUUCUUCCGCGAGCAGAAGACCAUCUCCUUUGCGGGCUGCGCUGCUCAGUUAUUCUGCUUCAUUGGGAUGGGAGGCACUGAGUGCUGUCUCCUGUCGGCCAUGGCAUAUGACCGGUAUGCUGCCAUCUCCAGGCCUCUGCUCUACCCAGCCCUCAUGUCACCUGCCAUCUGUGUGAGGAUGGCCGUUACAGCAUAUKCGGGAGGAUUCCUCACUGGACUGGUCCAAACCAGCUCCAUAUUCCAGCUCCAUUUCUGCGGACUGCGAGUCAUUAACCACUUUUUCUGUGACCUGCCACCCCUGAUGGCCUUGUCUUGCUCCCCUACCUUCCUCAGCCGGGUGUUGAAUGUUCUCAUGGUGUGCGCAGUUGGUGGGACCUCAGCUCUUCUCGUCUUGGUGUCCUAUGGCCACAUCAUUGCUGCCGUCCUGAAGAUCCGUUCGACCCAGGGGCAGAUAAAGGCUUUCAACACCUGCGCCUCCCAUCUGACCACAGUGAUCCUCUUCUACGGCUCUGGCCUCUUCUCGUACCUCCAGUCUAGUGCUGGCUACUCCCAGGACAAAGGUAAGGUGGCAUCUGUGUUCUACGGAGCAGUGAUCCCCAUGCUGAACCCCAUCAUCUAUAGUCUGCGAAACAAGGAGAUCAAAGAUUCAUUGAAAAAACUCAAGAAGGGGAAAAAGCACAUCGUUCUUUGA